UACCCCUCACGACCCAUCGUCCCGCUCCGCCCCGCCCCGCUUCACUCCUGGAGUUGGGAGAUGAUAGGGUCGCUGGGAGGGAUGCAGGUGGGUGCCCUUGAUCCAGCUCAGCCUGAUGGCGGAAGAGGGUGACCGAAAAGAAAGACACCUGUUGGGAUGGUCCUCCAGGACCCAGGAGAGGAGGGCACGAUGAAGACCCAGGAAUUCUAACCCAGGAGAGGGACUCUCCACCGCCAGCCCCCACCCAACCUUCCCUCAGCAAUGACCCAUUUCCCAGAGAGUGCACCCCUCCACACCCAGAUGCCACGGUAGUGUUCAUGUCCAGUCCUUUCCUCCCUUGUCCUGGGGCAACCAAGGGAGGAGCUAUGGAGAAGUGGGCAAGCAGGUCCUGGUUGUGUCUGAUGCUCCUUCUAUCCCUCCCUCAUCUCUACCUGGAUCAGGAGGUGUUGUCUGGACACUCUCUUCAGACACCUCCAGAGGAGGGCCAAGGCCCUGAGGGUGUCUGGGGACCUUGGGACCAGUGGGCCUCUUGCUCCCAGCCCUGUGGGGUGGGGGUGCAGCGCAGGAGUCGGACAUGUCGGCUCCCUAAAGCUCAACUCCUCCCAGUCCUGCCUCUCCCUCCAAGGCCCCCAAGACAUCCAGAAGCCCUCCUCCCCCGGGGUCAGAGCCCCAGACCCCAGACUUCCCGAGAAAUCCUCCCCCUGUACAGGCCACAGCCUCGGGGAAGGGGUGGCCCACUUCGAGAUCCUGCUUCCCAACUAGGGAGAGUGGAGACCCAGGAGAUUCAAGGGGCCAGGAGGUCCCGGGUUCGAGACCCCAUCAAGCCAGGAAUGUUUGGGUAUGGGAGAGUGCCCUUUGCAUUACCAUUGCAUCGGAACCGCAGGCACCCCCGGAGGCCACCCAGAUCUGAGUUCUCUCAGACCUCUUCUAGAGGGGAAGAACCCCUUCCAUCUCUGACUCCAAGAACAGAGCCGUCCUCUACAAACUAUGGCCCCCAAACUCAGCUCCCUCCUACAGAACUGUCUGCCCACAUCCCAUCUACCCCAGAAACCCCAAGCCCUGAAACUACUCAAACAGAGGUGAUCCCCAGCACCAGGACUGCCCCCACACAGCCCCACCCCAGAGCCCAGGCCUCUGGCAUGGAGCCCCCCUUGCCCACCCCCUCCUCAGAAGAAAGUGGCCUCUCCCACAUAUCCUCUCAGCCAAGAAUGCCAAGUUCCCAGGGUUGGGCCAGUCCCCGAGUAGCAGAGAGACACCCUGAUCCUUUUCCUUCUGUCCCUCGGGGCCAAGGCCAGCAGAGCCAGGGGCUUUGGAGACCUGGGGGAAAUCUUCCCAGGUCCCUCAUGGAGUCUGCCCCUCACAACCCAGAUGGCUGGUUGCCUCUCCUGAGGGCUGGACCCCACUCCAGCUCCUUCUGGAGCCUCUUUGCUCCCAGCAGCUCUGUACCAAGAUGUUCUGGAGAGAGUGAGCAGCUGAGAGCCUGCAGCCAAGUGCCCUGUCCCCCUGAGCAGCCAGAUCCCCGGGCCCUGCAGUGUGCAGCUUUUGACUCCCAGGAAUUUAUGGGCCAGCUGUACCAGUGGGAGCCCUUCACCGAAGUUCAGGGCUCCCAGCGCUGUGAACUGAACUGCCGUCCCCGUGGCUUCCGCUUCUAUGUCCGUCACACUGAAAAGGUCCAAGAUGGGACCUUGUGUCAGCCUGGAGCCCCAGACAUCUGUGUGGCUGGACGCUGUCUGAGCCCUGGCUGUGAUGGGAUACUUGGCUCUGGCAGGCGUCCGGAUGGCUGUGGAGUCUGUGGGGGUGAUGAUUCUACCUGUCGCUUCAUUUCGGGGAACCUCACCGACAGGGGGGGCCCUCUGGGUUAUCAGAAGAUCCUGUGGAUUCCUGCUGGAGCCUCCCGGCUCCAGAUUGCCCAGCUCCGGCCCAGCUCCAACUACCUUGCACUUCGAGGUCCUGGGGGCCGGUCCAUCAUCAAUGGGAACUGGGCUGUGGACCCCCCUGGGUCCUACACAGCUGGUGGGACUGUCUUCCAGUAUAAGCGUCCUCCUCGGGAGGAGGGCAAGGGGGAGAGUCUGUCAGCCGAAGGCCCCACAACCCAGCCUGUGGAUGUCUAUAUGAUCUUUCAAGAAGAAAACACAGGUGUUUUUUAUCAGUAUGUCAUCUCUUCACCUCCUCCAAUCCAGGAGAGCCCCACCACAGAGCCCCCCAUCCCCCUACUUCAGCCUGAGAUUUUGAGGGUGGAGCCCCGCCCAGCCCGGACCCCAGGCACCCUCCAGCGUCAGGUGCGGAUCCCCCAGGUGCCUGCCCUGCCCCAUUCCAGGAUGCCCCUGGGGUCUCCAGCCGGAUACUGGAAACGAGUGAGACACUCUGAGUGCUCGGCAUCUUGUGGAAAAGGUGUUUGGCACCCCAUUUUCCUCUGCAUUUCUCGUGAGUCGGGAGAGGAACUGGAUGAAGACAGCUGUGCCAGGGCUGCCAGGCCCCCAGCCUCCCUUGAACCCUGCCACGGUCCCCCGUGCCCCCCAUACUGGGAGGCUGGUGAAUGGACGUCCUGCAGCCGCUCCUGUGGCCCUGGCACCCAGCACCGUCAGCUGCACUGCCGGCAGGAGUUUGGAGGGGGUGGCUCUUCAGUUCCUCCAGAGCGCUGUGGACAUCUCCCCCGGCCCAGCAUCACCCAGCCUUGUCAGCUGCACCCCUGUGGCCACUGGGAGGUUGGCUCCCCCUGGAGCCAGUGCUCUGUGCGGUGCGGGCGGGGACAGAGGAGCCGGCAAGUUCGCUGUGUUGGAAACAAUGGUGAUGAAGUGAGUGAACAGGAGUGUGCUUCAGGUCCCCCGCCGCCCCCUAGCAGAGAGGCCUGUGACAUGGGGCCCUGUACCACAGCCUGGUUCCACAGCGACUGGAGCUCCAAGUCACCAGCAGCCUCCCUUCACAUAGACUGCUCUACUUCUGAACAGUGUUCAGCUGAGUGUGGGACAGGAAUCCAGCGACGUUCUGUGGUCUGCCUCGGGAGUGGGGAGGCCCUCAGGGCGGACCAGGAGGAAGUAGGAGCAGGAACAAGUGAGCACAGCUGUCCACCAGGAAGCCGCCCUCCUGACAUGCGUGCCUGCAGCUUGGGGCCCUGUGAGAUGACAUGGUGCUGGUACACAGGGCCCUGGAGUGAGUGCUCCUCAGAAUGUGGCCCUGGCACACAGCGUAGAGACAUCAUCUGUGUGUCCAAACUGAGGACUGAGUUCAACGUGACUUCUCCUAGCAACUGUUCCCACCUGCCCAGGCCCCCUUCCCUGCAGCCCUGUCAAGGACAGGCCUGCCAGGACCGAUGGUUUUCUACACCCUGGAGUCCGUGUUCUCACUCCUGCCAGGGGGGCAUGCAGACAAGGGAGGUCCAGUGCCUGAGUGCCAACCAGACCCUCAGUACGCGAUGCCCUUCUCACCUGCGACCGUCCAGGAAACGACCUUGUAACAGCCAACCCUGCAGCCAGCGCCCUGAUGACCAAUGCAAGGACAGCUCUCCACACUGCCCCCUGGUGGUACAGGCCCGGCUCUGUGUCUACCCCUACUACACAGCCACCUGUUGCCGCUCUUGUGCUCAUGUCCUGGAGCGGUCCCCCCCGGAGCCUGCCUGAAAUGGACCCAGGAGACCCUCUCCUCAUGGUUUUCUCAUGCCACCAUCAGUCACCCAUCUAUCAGCCUUCUCUGUACCCCUGGCUCUCCAGCCUGUCCUAGUAUCACCAGAGAUGUCUUCCAGGAUGACUGACAAUGGCAAGGUCACUGACACUGACUAUCAAGAUGUGUGGUUGGGUCUAUGUGGUGGUGUGGUGGUGUGUGUGCACAUAUGCCCACAGAUGUGUAUCUGGGCCUGCAUGGAUGCAUGUGUGCUCAUACAUGUGUAUUAUUUCUCAAAAAGAAGUUACAUAGACAAAAAAAAAAAAAAAAAGUUACACAGACUGAGAAGAAGAAAUGGGAGAGGACAAUGCCUGUUUCCGAAUCUUUUCUAGGCUGAGAGAAAAGCAAGUUUGCAGUUCUUUGCUAAUCUGAGCUACUUAGAGUGUAGUCUACCCAUCAAUUCCAAUUUUGUGCCCUAGACCUCAAACCUCAUCUCUUAUUUCAGGCCUUACAUCUUCUAAAUCACCCUUUGGUCUCUGGCCCCUUCUCCCUUUACCUAAUCUUUUUAUUCCUACCUCCCUUAUUAGCUAGGGAUGGAGGUCAGCUACUGCCAAUCCUGCCUUAACCCAAGAAGAGAGACUCCCUCCCCAGAGCAGGGACCAGCUGGGCAGAGGGUUGAAAAGAGAAAUGUUGGCAUAAGACACCUUAGCCCCUGUCCCCACUCCCUAAAAUGGCUCCCACCCCAGAACUAAUUUAUUUUUGAUUAAAGAUGAUUAUGACAAAUGAG